AUAAUAAAGGAAUAAAAAAAAGAUAAAAAGCUGAACGAAAGAAUUGGUUUUUCUCUUCCCAUCAAAAGGGGGAGGAAAAGAGAAGAGGACGGGAAUCUGUUUGGAUAAUCGGAAAAUCUUCCCGAGAAAAUUUCGGGUGGGUUUUCUCGAUUGAUACCGCUCGUGCCUUUUGUCGGUUCUUCUCCUGUUAUUGUUUCUUCCGUGGUGGCUGUGAAGAUGAUGGUAGCUAACAGCUUCGAUCUAUGGCAAAAGGACGAUUUCUUCUCCGCAGCCGAGGAGGUUCAAGACUCUGCCGAUAUAAUGGAAUCAGCAUAUAGGUUGUGGGUUCGGGAGAAAAGAGAAGGUCGAGCACCUGAUGAACUGAAUGAGUUUUGUCGGGAACUCCAAGCGGCUUUAGGGACAGCGAAAUGGCAGUUGGACGAGUUCGAAAGGGCGGUCAGGACGAGCCAUAGACAUUGUCGGGACGACACUACAUUGACUAGGCAUAAACAAUUCAUUGCUGUAAUCGAAAAUCAGAUUUCUCGUGUAGAAUCUGCUUUGCAAGAGGCUUUCUGCGAGGACGGGAAACAACCCCUUCGUUGGGUGAAUCUGAACGAAGAAGAACGAGAUGACCUGGCAAUGUUUCUGUCAGGAACUUCUCAAUCGUCGUCACAAACUUCUAACAGCGGAAGCGUCAAAUCGAGAAAUUCCAUGAAGAGUUUCUUGGCAGAAAAUCCGGAUGGGAUGAAGGAAACAGAGAUUGUGUCUACACUUAAUUGCAGCAGGGACACCUCCAAGGAGAUUACAAGCAACGAUUACAAUAAUUCCGACUGUGUGAUAGACAUUGAAGAAGGAGAAAGCCCAGGAAGCAUAGACGCCAGAUUGCGGCAAACAGAUAGAAAAGCCGGUACCAGAAAAGCAUGGAGUUCACCGAAUGUCAGUGCAUUGAGGAUUGUAAUUCCUGAUGAAGAGGAAGAAGAAAAGAAGACACUGAUUGCGGGAAUCGAAGCAACCCCUAAAGAAAAGGGAGCUAAGCCGCUAUUUUGGAUGCAAAAAUGUCGUGAAUAUAGUCGACACUUUGACAGGGCAAACUGUUUCCAGAGGGAGCAUCAGAGCCCAAUUCGCCUGAGACUUAGUCGCCCAAUUCAGCUGACUCUUUCUUUAAUGCUGAUGCUGUUUCUUCUAUUGCCAUUUGUAUUGUAUUCAUCUUGAGAAAGACAAUGGUGUGGUUCCGGAACUUUGUCGGGAGCUCAAGUGAAGAGUUUCCUGCAGAGGGUACAAGAGGGACGGAGGGAAGUUAUGGUAACUUGCAUCUGAAGUAAACAUUCUAGAAGCAGAGAUGAUCGUAGAUCGGUUUCGUAGGGUUCAAGUUUCCCUGUGACAGAACUGCAGAGCGUAAAUGCAUGUUUGGAUAUAUUAUUGUUGUGUGGACUUGUCCUGAUGAAAACGUGAUCUCUAUUGUUCUUCUGUUGUCGGAACAACAGUCUUUGUCCCUAUAUGCGUUUAAUUUACUUCACUUA